UUAUAGCUUGACAGUUUUCUCUGAAGAAACAGAGAAACCAAAGAGUUAAGUGGGGAACCUCGAAGCUAGUUCAAACUAGUGGGAGGUUGUUUCACGUUCGAAGUUCCUAAUUUAAACGCAAACCACAAAGUUAAAUCAUCAGUUAGAAGGAAAGAUCAGAGAUGGCUCGUGGAAAGAUUCAGCUUAAGAGGAUUGAGAACCCGGUUCACAGACAAGUGACGUUUUGCAAGAGGAGAACUGGUCUUCUCAAGAAGGCUAAGGAGCUCUCUGUGCUAUGUGACGCCGAGAUCGGUGUUGUGAUCUUCUCUCCUCAGGGCAAGCUCUUUGAGCUCGCUACUAAAGGAACGAUGGAGGGAAUGAUUGAUAAGUACAUGAAGUGCACUGGUGGUCGUCGUGGUUCUUCUUCUGCUACUUUUACUGCUCAAGAACAACUUCAACCCCCAAAUCUUGAUCCAAAAGAUGAGAUCAACGUGCUUAAGCAAGAGAUUGAGAUGCUUCAGAAAGGGAUAAGGUAUAUGUUUGGAGGAGGCGAUGGGGCGAUGAAUCUUGAAGAACUUCUUUUGCUUGAGAAGCAUCUUGAGUAUUGGAUUUCUCAGAUUCGCACUGCUAAGAUGGAUGUUAUGCUUCAAGAAAUUCAGUCAUUGAGGAACAAGUUCUUUUUGUUUUUGUGUGUAAAGGAAGGAGUCCUCAAAAACACCAAUAAGUAUCUCCUCGAAAAGAUAGAGGAGAACAACAAUAGCAUAUCAGAUGCUAACUUCGCAACAAUGGAGACUAACUAUUCUUAUCCACUAACCAUGCCAAGUGAAAUAUUUCAGUUCUAGACCAUAGGGUAUUUGAAGACUAUGUCUUACGAAUUUAAAUAGCCUUGGUAAGUCAAAUAUAGUGUUGUUAAAUCACACAUAAUUAUAAUAAAGCCUGUGGAACUUUGCUAGGCAGUUGAAAAUCUAUCUGUAUGUUUUUUUUCCUCUGGUUUUUCAUUUGUUGGUGUGAACAUGAAAUAACUACAAGUGUGGUGUGUACUUAAACUCUUUCUAGUUUCUAUCUAUGUUCUGGAUUUAUGGAUUAUUUGGUUUUGGGUUUGAUCGA